AUAUAGUCGACGUAGUACGUCCCAUUUCCACAGUGUUAGCAUUCGAAUAAUAUCCAAAAAUCUCAAUUUUUAUCUUCUUCCUCCUUCCUCCACCAUUUCUUUCUUCUUAGUCUGUCAAAAUCCAAAUGGACCAUCAGCCAUGAAUGCAAUACCUCCUCCACUGCCUCUAUCACCACCACCUUCAUCUUCCUCUUCAUCUUCUCCUUCAAACCCAUUCUCGCUGACCCGCCACGCUCUCCCUUUCCAUUGGGUCUCUACCCCCAUUUUCUCCAUCCUCACCACCACCACCACCAAACCUAUUCGUUUCUUUUCUGUUCUAGUUACAGCCAGUCACACAAACCCAACUGAUCUCUCUCUCACCACCACCACCACCACUACCACCCAGCAAACCACAUCCCAAGACCAGAGACUCCUAACACUUCUACGUCAGAGAAAAACAGAGGAAGCCUGGCUUGCAUACACUCAAUCCUCCCACCUCCCAACACCCACUUGCCUUAGCCGCUUGGUCUGUCAGCUCUCCUACCAAAACACCCAUUUGAGUCUCACACGCGCCCAGUCCAUCAUCACGCGCCUCCGCAAGGAGCGCCAGCUCCACAGACUCGAUGCCAAUUCCCUCGGCCUCCUCGCUGUCGCUGCCACCAAGGCUGGCCACACGCUCUACGCCACCUCAAUCAUCAAGUCCAUGCUUCGCUCCGGCUAUCUCCCCCACGUCAAGUCUUGGAGCGCCGUCGUCAGCCGCCUCGCUGCUUCCGGCGACGACGGCCCCAUUGAAGCGCUCAAGCUCUUCAAAUCGGUGACUCGCCGUGUCCAGCAGUUCCCGGACCCCGAGUUGGUUUCCGACUCUCGGCCCGACACGGCCGCUUACAACGCUGCUCUCAAUGCCUGUGCGAAUCUGGGUGAAACCAAGAGGUUCUUGCAACUGUUCGAUGAAAUGUCUCAGUUCGGAGCUGACCCUGAUGUGCUUACUUACAAUGUGAUGAUCAAGCUUUGUGCCAGAGCUGAUAGGAAAGAUUUGCUGGUUUUCGUAUUGGAGAGGAUUAUCGAGAAGGAAAUAGCCUUGUGUAAAACGACAUUGCAUUCGCUUGUGGCGGCUUAUGUGGGUUUCGAUGAUCUAGAAACGGCUGAGAAAAUGGUUCAAGCAAUGAGGGAAGGAAGAAGAGAUCUUUGCAAGGUUCUCAGGGAUUGCAAUCCAAAAUGCCCGAAUCAAAAUGAGAAGGAAAUUUUCGAGACAUUGCUCCCCAAUUCGGCAAAAGCUACCGAUUCCGAGCCACCGUUGCUGCCGAAAGCUUAUGCUCCGGACUCGAGAAUCUACACAACUCUGAUGAAGGGUUAUAUGAAGGUGGGCCGAGUCACCGACACAGUCAGGAUGCUGGAGGCAAUGCGGCACCAAGAUGACAAUGCCAGUCACCCUGAUCAUGUCACAUACACAACUGUUGUUUCCGCAUUUGUGAACUCAGGUUCAAUGGACAGGGCCCGCCAAGUGCUUGCUGAAAUGACAAGAAUCGGUGUGCCUGCGAAUCGGAUUACUUAUAAUAUACUUAUCAAGGGUUAUUGCCAGCAACUGAAGAUUGACAAGGCGAAGGAGUUGCUGAUAGAGAUGGCUGAGGAUGCGGGGAUUGAGCCCGAUGUGGUUUCGUACAAUAUAUUGAUUGAUGGUUGUAUAUUGAUUGAUGAUAGUGCUGGGGCUUUUGCAUUUUUCAAUGAAAUGAGAGCAAAAGGGAUUGCUCCCACCAAGAUCAGCUACACCACUUUGAUGAAAGCUUUUGCGUUCUCAGGUCAACCAAAGCUGGCUAACAAGGUGUUCGAUGAAAUGCUCAACGAUCCUCGGGUUAAGGUUGAUCUGGUUGCUUGGAAUAUGUUGGUCGAAGGGUAUUGUAGACUGGGGUUGGUUGAAGAAGCUAAGAAAAUAGUUCUGAGAAUGAAAGAGAAUGGAUUUUACCCUAAUGUGGCCACUUAUGGUAGUCUGGCUGAUGCAAUUGCAUUGGCUAGAAAACCAGGAGAGGCACUUCUGCUUUGGAAUGAAGUGAAGGAGAGGUGUGAAGUGAGAAAGGGAGAAAAUUCUGAUUCUUCAUCUCCACCGCCAUUGAAACCGGAUGAAGGGUUGUUAGAUACACUAGCUGAUAUCUGCGUUAGGGCUGCUUUCUUUAAGAAAGCUUUAGAAAUUGUGGCUUGCAUGGAAGAGCAUGGUAUACCUCCUAAUAAGACCAAAUUUACACGAAUUUAUGUCGAAAUGCACUCCAGAAUGUUUACCAGUAAGCAUGCCUCGCAGGCCAGACAAGAUAGGAGAAUUGAGAGGAAGAGAGCUGCAGAGGCUUUCAAGUUCUGGUUGGGUUUGCCUAAUUCCUACUACGGUAGUGAAUGGCGAUUAGAACCCCUAGAUGUAGAUGAUCAGGAUUCUUAUUCUGUUUAACCACUCAUCACUUGCCACUUGUAUACUACUUUUACAGGGGAUGAAAGUCCCAGGAAAAAAAGAACAAAAUUUAUAA